ACGGGCACCCAGCAAAGAAGUGUGCACUGAAGUCAUCCAGAACAAACCCCCUGCUCUCCUGGUGUCAUCAAAGUAAAGGGGCAUCAUGAGUAUUGAUCCUGAAAUGCAGUGUUUUGGCCCGGCGGCCAUUUACCUCCGGAAGCCAGAACGAGAGAGAAUCGAAGCUCAAAACACUCCUUUUGAUGCUAAAACUGCAUACUUUGUGGCCGAGCCCACAGAGAUGUACCUGAAGGGGAAACUUAUUAAAAGAGAGGGCGGCAAAGCCACAGUGGAGACCCUGUGUAAAAAGACUCUCACUGUGAAAGAAGAUGACAUCCAUCCCAUGAACCCUCCAAAGUACGAUAAGAUUGAGGACAUGGCCAUGAUGACCCACCUCAGUGAGCCUUCUGUGCUGUAUAACCUCAAAGAGCGCUAUGCAGCCUGGAUGAUCUAUACCUACUCAGGGCUGUUCUGCGUCACUGUGAACCCCUACAAGUGGCUCCCAGUGUACGACGCAGUGGUUGUCUCAGGAUACAGAGGCAAAAAGAGGAUUGAGGCUCCACCCCACAUCUUCUCCAUCUCUGAUAACGCCUAUCAGUUCAUGCUCCAAGAUAGAGAAAACCAGUCAAUCCUGAUUACUGGAGAAUCCGGUGCAGGAAAGACUGUCAACACUAAACGUGUCAUCCAGUACUUUGCGACAAUCGCAGUGGCUGGAGGAAAGAAAUCUGAUCAGACUUCUGGCAAGAUACAGGGGUCACUAGAAGAUCAAAUUAUUGCAGCAAACCCACUGUUGGAGGCUUAUGGUAAUGCCAAGACUGUGAGGAAUGACAAUUCUUCCCGUUUUGGAAAGUUCAUCCGAAUUCACUUUGGGACAACUGGAAAGCUGGCUUCAGCUGAUAUUGAAACAUAUCUGCUGGAGAAGUCUCGAGUGACAUUUCAACUGUCUGCUGAGAGGAGCUACCACAUCUUCUAUCAGCUCAUGACAGGCCACAAACCUGAGCUGAUAGAGGCCCUCCUGAUCACCAAAAAUCCAUAUGACUAUCACAUGAUCAGUCAGGGUGAAAUCACAGUCAAAAGUAUUGAUGACGUUGAAGAAUUCGUCGCCACUGAUACUGCCAUUGACAUCCUGGGCUUUACUGCAGAAGAGAAGGCGAGCAUCUACAAGCUGACUGGAGCUGUGAUGCAUCAUGGAAACAUGAAGUUCAAGCAGAAGCAGCGCGAAGAGCAGGCUGAGCCCGAUGGCAAUGAGGUGGCAGAUAAAAUUGCCUACCUCAUGGGUCUGAACUCAGCUGAUUUGCUAAAAGCACUAUGCUACCCCAGAGUGAAGGUUGGAAAUGAGUAUGUGACCAAAGGUCAAACUGUUCCUCAGGUCAACAAUUCCGUCUCGGCUCUCUGCAAGUCUGUCUAUGAGAAAAUGUUCUUGUGGAUGGUCCCCCUGAACGACUCAGUGGUUCAGCUCUACCAGAAGUCUGCAGUCAAACUGUUGGCUCACCUCUAUGCAUCACAUGCCGCAACAGAAGCUGAGGGUGCUGGGAAAAAAGCUGGCAAGAAAAAGGGUGGGUCUUUUCAGACAGUAUCAGCUCUUUUCAGGGAGAAUUUGGGCAAGUUGAUGACCAACUUAAGGUCCACUCACCCUCAUUUUGUACGUUGUUUGAUUCCAAAUGAAUCAAAGACUCCUGGUCUCAUGGAGAACUUCCUGGUCAUCCACCAGCUGAGGUGUAACGGUGUGCUGGAAGGUAUCAGGAUCUGUAGGAAAGGUUUCCCCAGCAGAAUCCUCUACGGUGACUUCAAGCAGAGAUACAAAGUUUUGAAUGCCAGUGUCAUUCCUGAGGGACAAUUCAUCGACAACAAAAAGGCCUCAGAGAAACUCUUGGGUUCUAUUGAUAUUGACAAAACUCAGUAUAAAUUUGGACACACAAAGGUGUUCUUCAAAGCCGGUCUGCUGGGAGUUCUGGAGGAGAUGAGAGAUGAUAAACUUGCAAAACUGGUCACAAUGACUCAGGCUCUCUGCAGAGGUUUCCUCAUGAGGAGAGAGUUCGUCAAGAUGAUGGCGCGAAGGGAGGCCAUUUACUCCAUCCAGUAUAACAUACGCUCAUUCAUGAAUGUCAAAACCUGGCCAUGGAUGAAGCUGUACUUCAAGAUUAAGCCUCUGCUGAAGAGUGCAGAGACUGAAAAAGAGAUGGCCCAAAUGAAAGAAGACUUUGGAAAGAUGAAAGAAGAUCUGACAAAGGCUCUGGCUAAGAAGAAAGAACUGGAGGAGAAGAUGGUUUCUCUGCUGCAGGAGAAGAAUGACUUGAUGCUGCAAAUUCAGUCUGAGGGUGAAAACCUCAGCGAUGCGGAGGAAAGGUGUGAGGGGCUCAUUAAAACUCUGACCAAGGCUAAAGUCAAGCUGGAACAGCAAGUGGACGAUCUUGAAGGUUCUUUGGAGCAAGAAAAGAAGCUUCGUAUGGAUCUUGAGCGAUCAAAAAGAAAGCUUGAAGGGGAUCUUAAACUGGCCCAUGAAACCAUCAUGGAUCUAGAGAAUGACAAGCAGCAGUCUGAUGAAAAAAUAAAGAAGAAGGACUUUGAAACAAGCCAACUUCUUAGCAAGAUUGAGGAUGAGCAAUCACUUAGUGUGCAGCUUCAGAAGAAAAUCAAAGAACUUCAGGCUCGUAUUGAGGAGCUAGAGGAAGAGAUCGAGGCUGAGCGGGCUGCUCGAGCCAAGGUGGAGAAGCAGAGGUCUGAUCUCUCCAGGGAACUUGAGGAGAUCAGCGAGAGGCUCGAAGAAGCUGGUGGAGCAACGUCUGUUCAGAUCGAGAUGAACAAGAAGCGUGAGGCCGAGUUUCAGAAGCUGCGCCGUGACCUGGAAGAGUCCACCCUGCAGCAUGAGGCCACCGCUGCAGCUCUGCGCAAAAAGCAGGCUGACAGUGUGGCAGAGUUGGGAGAACAGAUUGACAACCUCCAGAGAGUCAAACAGAAGCUGGAGAAAGAGAAAAGUGAAUACAAGAUGGAGAUCGAUGACCUCAGCAGCAAUAUGGAGUCUGUCGCCAAAUCAAAGGGCAAUCUGGAAAAAAUGUGUCGUACUCUUGAGGAUCAACUGAGUGAGAUGAAGUCCAAAAAUGAAGAACAUGUGCGACAGCUGAAUGAUAUUGGGGCACAAAGGGCAAGGCUGCUAACAGAGAAUGGUGAAUUCAGUCGCCAGCUGGAGGAGAAAGAAGCCCUGGUCUCUCAGCUGACAAGGAGCAAGCAGGCUUACACUCAGCAGAUUGAGGAGCUCAAGAGACACGUUGAAGAGGAAGUUAAAGCCAAGAACGCCCUGGCUCAUGCUGUUCAGUCAGCUCGUCAUGACUGCGACCUUCUCAGAGAGCAGUAUGAGGAGGAGCUGGAGGCCAAAUCUGAGCUGCAGCGUGGAAUGUCCAAGGCCAACAGCGAGGUGGCUCAGUGGAGAGCCAAAUAUGAGACUGAUGCCAUUCAGCGCACUGAGGAGCUGGAGGAGGCUAAGAAAAAGCUUGCCCAGCGUCUUCAGGAUGCAGAGGAAUCUAUUGAGUCUGUAAACGCAAAAUGUGCCUCUCUGGAAAAGACAAAACAGAGACUCCAGGGUGAAGUGGAAGACAUGAUGAUCGAUGUGGAGAGAGCUAAUGCUCUAGCUGCUAACCUCGACAAGAAACAAAGGAACUUUGACAAGGUUCUUGCAGAGUGGAAACAGAAGUAUGAGGAAAGCCAGGCAGAGCUGGAGGGAGCUCUAAAAGAAGCUCGUUCUCUCAGCACUGAGAUGUUCAAGAUGAAAAAUUCGUACGAAGAAUCUUUGGACCACCUGGAGACCUUGAAGAGAGAGAACAAAAAUCUGCAACAGGAGAUCUCGGAUCUGACUGAGCAAAUUGGGGAAAGUGGAAAAACCAUUCAUGAACUGGAGAAAGGGAAGAAGAUUGUGGAGACUGAGAAGUGUGAACUACAAACAUCACUUGAAGAGGCAGAGGCUACCCUGGAGCAUGAGGAAUCCAAGAUUCUCCGCAUUCAACUUGAACUCACCCAAGUCAAGAGUGAAAUUGACAGAAAACUUGCAGAGAAGGACAAGGAGAUCGAGCAGAUCAAGAGAAACAGCCAGAGAGUGAUUGAGUCCAUGCAGAGCACUUUGGAUGCUGAGGUCAGGAGCAGGAAUGAUGCCCUGAGAAUUAAGAAGAAGAUGGAGGGAGACCUGAAUGAGAUGGAGAUUCAGCUGAGCCACGCCAACCGCCAGUCAGCCGAAGCCCAGAAACAGCUGAGAAACGUGCAGGGACAGCUUAAGGAUGCGCUUCUGCACCUUGAUGAAGCCAUUAGAGGCCAAGAAGACAUGAAGGAACAGGUUGCCAUGGUGGAGCGCAGGAACAACCUGAUGCUGGCUGAGAUCGAGGAGCUGAGAUCUGCUCUGGAGCAGACGGACAGAAGCCGCAAAGUGGCUGAACAGGAGCUGGUAGAUGCCAGCGAGCGCGUGGGACUGCUGCACUCUCAGAAUACCAGCCUCAUCAACACCAAGAAGAAGUUGGAGGCUGACCUUGUCCAGAUCCAGGGUGAAGUGGAAGAUGCUGUCCAGGAAGCCAGAAAUGCUGAAGACAAGGCCAAGAAGGCCAUUACUGAUGCCGCCAUGAUGGCAGAAGAGCUGAAGAAAGAGCAGGACACCAGUUCUCAUUUGGAGAGGAUGAAGAAGAACCUGGAGGUGACAGUGAAGGACCUGCAGCACCGCCUGGAUGAAGCUGAGAAUCUGGCCUUGAAGGGCGGAAAGAAGCAGCUUCAGAAACUGGAGGCUCGGGUUCGAGAACUGGAGGCUGAAGUUGAUGCUGAGCAGAGGCGAGGUGCUGAGGCAAUCAAGGGAGUGCGGAAAUAUGAGAGAAAAGUAAAGGAGUUCACCUAUCAGUUUGAGGAGGAUAAAAAGAAUAUUGCCAGACUUCAGGAUCUGGUGGACAAGCUGCAGCUGAAAGUAAAGGCCUACAAGAGGCAGUCUGAGGAGGCUGAGGAGCAGGCCAACACUCACCUGUCCAGGUACAGGAAGGUGCAGCACGAGAUGGAGGAGGCUCAGGAGAGAGCUGACAUCGCAGAGUCUCAGGUCAACAAGCUGAGGACAAAGAGUCGGGAAAUUAUCAAGACCAGGGAAGCAGAAGAAUAAGGAAGAAAUCCUGGUUAUACAGUAGCAAGAAGCCAUACAAUAUGACUUACUUGUUCACCCUAGCAAGUGAAAUAUGCUGUGAUAACCUAAAGUCAAUAAAAUGUAGUUUGUUGCA